CCCGACUCGCCUCCGGGUGACGCGAUUGGACGCCAACCCGGAAGUGUUGCUAUGGCGGCGGUGUCCCCCUUCAGUGGCCUGGUCUCCGUGUUGGAAACCUACCGGGGCAGAGAUCGAGUGAUACGUACCAUCUGUUAUGGCUGCCAGCUGGCUGGAGGGAUUUUGGUGGCCAGAAGACAACCUGGAGAAUCACCACUUGGUCAGGGCCUCCUGGCUGUCUCAGCACAACUGAGUCACUGUCGAACAGUACUACGCCUUUUUGACGACCUAACCAUGCUUUCCUAUAGCUGCCAAUAUGGACUGGGGAACAAGGAGAAGGAUACAGCAAUGCGCUGGCUUUCCAUCUUCAACAAUAUAGCUGACCAGCUUUAUUACCCCUGCGAGCAUAUGGCCUGGGCUGCUGAUGCUGAAAUUAUCCAUGCCAACUCAAGUAGGUGGUGGACACUCAGUACAACUCUCUGGGGCUUCUCUCUGCUGCUGGGGAUUGCACGAUCUCUCAGAAUUUUAUUACUCCUAAGACGAAAGCAGCAUACAGAAUCCAGAGACUUCAAUCAGAAAACAAGGGCUGAAAUGCACAUACAAGCCUUGACCAUCAUCAGCAACCUGGCUGACCUCGCCAAUGCCAUCCACUGGUUGCCUCCAGGAAUUCUUUGGGCUGGAAAGUUUUCUCCAUGGUUUGUGGGCCUCAUGGGAAGUAUUUCUUCCUUCAUUGGGAUCUAUCAAAACUAUGCAGGGGGCAGUUGUGCAGCAGUUUGAACAGCAACUUCACAGUACUGGAUUGAAUGGAGAAGGGGGGCUAUCGCAGGAAUUCAUAAAAUGUUACAUAAUCUCUGUUUAAAUGGGGAGAGUAAUUCCUAUUAUGGUGGAGGCUAGAUUGGCAUUAGGUUCUUCUAUUAAAACAGGGUGCUCCUUCUAUAUAAAUCAUAGGCACUUUCCUGGAGGAUGAGUUUGUGAGACCUUAUAGAGUUUAGUUUACCUGCUUCACUCUGUGUAUAGGUAGUCCUUGACUUACAACCACAUUGGAGCCUGGAAUUUCAGUUACAGUCAUUGCAAUUGCAAGUCAAAGCACCACAUAACCAGACUUGAUUUUACAAUUGUUUUUACAAUGGUGGUAAAGUGAGUCACUCUGGUUGUUAAACGAAUAACAUGGUUGUUAAGCAAAUCUGUUCUUACUAAAUGGGCAUUUUUUUUUGCUGGAAAUUGCAAGAAAACCCAGAAACUGGUGAAAACGUCACAAAUUGUGGUCACAUGUUCACAGGAUGCUACAAUCAGUCAUAAAUGGGAGCCAAUUGCCUUGCGCCCAAAUCACAGGAACGCGGGGAAGGGGGCGGCAGUCAUAAACUCAAGGACCAGUUGUAUGCAGCUGUUUUUAACAGUCUGUUGUAAUUUCAACCAGCUGUAACCACCUUGUAAUUCCUCAAGGAGCAGGUGUCUGCCCUGUCUAGUUAAAUAAUUUGGCUUUUUUAUCUGAAGAAUACAGUCUUGCUAUAUAUGUACAUCAUUCUAAUGUGAAACAAUUAGGGCUGAUAAUAAAAAA